UGUGAGAGCUGUGAUUGGUCAGUGCUUGUCACAUGGUACAAGGCUGUCAAGAAUAGCCUUGCACCAUAUUUCACUAGUAGUGAACAAUGAUGUCAGGAAGUGACAUCUUGCUUACUACUAUUCCUGUGAUCACUGAUUGGCCAAUCAGUGAUCACAUGAUUUGGACCUCACACAGAGGUCCCGUACAGCGAUCAAUGUCCCCAGGGAGCGCGCACAGCCUGAAAAUGCGGGCGCCGUUUAUGAAGGCCAACCGGCUCCUGCACUGCUCCUGUCCGGCCGUUUAUGUACAUGGGCCGGAUGGGAAGUGGUUA